UACGGGAAGAGCGCGCGCGCACACGCCGGCCACACCGUGCUUAUAGGUUAGAAUUGGCGCGUCUCGCGGCCGCCAGGUGCGAUCCUCGCCCGCUCUAACUCACAGGCAAACAUAUCCUCCCUCUCGUACGCUACCUGCGGACAGCUGUUUUCUCUCGGGAGAUUAGUCAGAUGUUUCUCGGUAACCAGUCAGUGCUCACCUGACGCGCGCUACGAUACGAUAUGGCGGCCGGAGGACGUACACCCAAGCAGAGGAGGUUCGAGAUCUCAGCAGGCAUGGCGCUGAGAGCUUCCAACACUCCGAGGAGGAGGCGCGGGAGCUGCAAGUGUUUAUUUGGAGCGCCUGACCGGGACGAGACGAAGCGAUUAAUGGCGGAGCAGUACGCCAGGGAGAGGAAACGCUUCAUCAGGCGCUUCAAUUUCGACAUUGAGACAGAAUGCGUGUACAAAUCUGCAAAGAUGGACUCUCCUGUUAAGUUUUGUGAAGAGGAUAAAGAGAAUGCGGAAAGUCCUGUGAGGAUGGCGACAGAAGCGCUAGCAUGUGUGGAGAACACAGACCUGAGGGUACUGGGGUCUCCCUCCAGGCGAAGUGCUGGAAGUGGUACGAGCUCGCCACGCACUCCUCGCACACCCAGAACUCCCCGGGCUGCUCGCACCCCGCGCACGCCCCGCACCCCUGCCUCCAGAAGACAGCUGCAAAUGACAGGUCUAUGA